AGCCAGCUGUCGCUGACGCUCGGAGAGCAUGAUGGCGGCGACAAGCAGUCUGUUUUCCGACCUGCGGGAGAUAAAGAAACAGCUGCUGAGUAUAAGCUGGCUGUGCCGGGAGCGCGGGCUCAUGCACAGCGUUAAAUGGGCAUCUGAAUUGGCUUUUUCUUUGGAAUCUAUCCCUUUAAACGAGCUGCCGUCCACACCGGCACUAACAGAGGAAGAUGCACAAGAUCUGGAUGCAUACACACUGGCAAAGUCUUACUUUGACUUAAAAGAAUAUGACAGAGCUGCAUAUUUCCUUCGAGGGUGUAAGAGUCAGAAAGCCUACUUUUUGUAUAUGUACUCCAGGUAUUUGUCUGGAGAAAAGAGGAAAGAUGAUGAGACUGUAGAUAGCUUGGGUCCACUUGAGAAAGGACAGGUAAAGAAUGAGGCCUUGCGUGAGUUGCGAGUGGAACUCAGUAAGAAGCAUAAGGCCAGAGAGUUGGAUGGAUUUGGUCUUUACCUAUAUGGGGUAGUUUUACGAAAAUUGGACCUGGUGAAGGAGGCUUUGGAUGUUUUUGUGGAGGCAACACACAUCUUGCCCUUACAUUGGGGAACAUGGUUGGAACUAUGUAACUUAAUUACAGACAAGGAAAUGCUAAAGUUCUUAUCCCUGCCAGACUGCUGGAUAAAGGAGUUUUUCCUGGCGCAUAUAUACACAGAGCAGCAAUUGAUCGAGGAAGCUUUACAAAAAUAUCAGAGUCUCAUUGAUGCCGGAUUCUCCAAAAGUACCUACAUUAUUUCUCAGAUAGCAGUUGCUUACCAUAAUAUUAGAGAUAUCGAUAAAGCCCUUUCUAUUUUCAAUGAGUUACGAAAACAAGACCCUUACAGAAUAGAAAACAUGGACACUUUUUCUAACCUGCUGUAUGUCAGAGGUCUUAAACCAGAGUUGAGUUACUUGGCACAUAACCUGUGUGAUAUAGACAAGUAUCGUGUAGAAACCUGCUGUGUGAUUGGGAAUUAUUACAGCUUACGCUCUCAGCAUGAGAAGGCAGCGCUGUAUUUUCAAAGAGCCUUGAAACUAAACCCCAGAUAUCUUGGUGCAUGGACCCUAAUGGGUCAUGAGUAUAUGGAAAUGAAGAACACCUCUGCAGCCAUACAGGCUUACAGGCAUGCGAUUGAGGUCAAUAAGAGAGAUUAUCGAGCAUGGUAUGGGUUGGGACAGACCUACGAGAUCCUAAAGAUGCCAUUUUACUGCCUGUAUUAUUAUAGGCGUGCCCACCAGCUACGACCGAACGACUCUCGGAUGCUUGUUGCCUUAGGUGAAUGUUAUGAAAAGCUCAACCAACUUGUGGAAGCCAAAAAGUGCUACUGGAGAGCUUACGCUGUUGGUGAUGUGGAAAAAAUGGCUUUAGUUAAACUGGCAAAACUCCAUGAACAACUGAAUGAGUCUGAGCAGGCUGCACAGUGCUACAUUAAAUAUAUACAGGAUAUAUACUCUUGUGGGGAGAUAGUGGAACAUCAAGAAGUGAGCACUGCAUUCAGAUACCUGGCUCAGUAUUACUUCAAGUGUAAACUUUGGGAUGAGGCCUCAGCGUGUGCCCAGAAGUGUUUUAAUUUCAACGACACAAGAGAAGAAGGCAAAGCACUUUUGCGCCAGAUUCUGCAGCUUCGUAAUCAGAAUGAAAGCCCCUCUGCUGACCUUCCAACCAGUGCUCCAUUUUUAUUCCCACAAUCUGUGUCUGCCAGCAACACACCAACAAGAAGAGUAUCUCCUCUGAACCUUUCCUCAGUGACGCCAUAGUAGCAUCCUCCAGGAGGAUCCUUGGUGCUAUGCCUGCAGUAAAAACAGUGCAAUAACUAUGGAGUAAUGUUGCUUCUAUUGAAGUGCACACAGUUUCCACUCGGAGCUCGUCUGUUGAGAAAAGAAAUCAUGCUGCCAAACAGAUAUUGGACUGGUCAGGUUUGUGCUGGCACAGACAGAGCUUUAGAGAGUCAUGUGAGAGGCAGAUUUCUUACUUUAAGAUUGUCUGCAUUACUCAUUUAUUGUCAAUAAACUUUUUAUACUGUGUCAUGGUAGGAUUUAAAUAUGAUCUAUAAACAAGAGAGAUCUUUCCUUUU